GUUCAAUAUAUGUAUGUAUGCCCUGGGUAGAUGUGAUUGGCCAGCGAGGCGCCGUUUGGGCGAUUAGAGCAUACUUUCCUCUUUCGGAUUGGCUCGCCGUUAGCGCGCAUGCAGACUGGGGCACCCUUGAAUACACCAUCGCCGUGGUGAAGGGACAACAGACCCCACGACGCCCUUGUUGUGUACAACAUCCGCCCGCCCUAAGCAUAGAUCGCACCACCAAACUCCUGCAUGUCGUCGCCGUCAAUAUAGCCAGCUGAGAAGCUCUAGCGGCGUUUCACCAGGCCCCGCGUUUCCUACCAUCCCACUCCCGAUCUUCGCGGGAGCAGCGCAGCUCCCUACUCCCAAGCAUGGCGUUUCUGUUUAGGAAUAAACAAAAGAGCCAUCCGGAGCUCGUGAAGUCUACCAAGGAGCUGACGGUCCGGCUGAGCGAGGAUGCGAAGCCAAAUCCAAAGGUAGAGGAGGAGCUUGCCCGGGACCUCCAGCAGAUGAAGAUCAGGCUUCAAGGCACACCGGGUACCGCUCUUCUCUCUUUAACAGCUCCGGCACAUCCUCCAAUUGUCCUACAAGCUGCCAAAGCUCCGGGCGCUGACGGCUCCGCAGAAGCAGAAGUCAACACCGAAUCGGUUUUCCAGCUCCUGAGCUACAUCAUCCAAGAAGACCUCCUCUACCUCUUAGCGAACAACAUCCACAAGCUCCCCUUCGAAUCGCGCAAAGAUGCCCAAGUCAUCUUCUCUACCGCAUUCCGCUACAAGCCCGCGGGGGCUUCCGAUCCACAAGUGCUGCACCAUGUAAUACAAUACAGGCCAGAAAUAAUUAUAGCGCUAUGCAGAGGAUACGAUCGACGCGAAAGUGCUAUGCCGUGCGGCGGCGUGCUGCGUGAAGCCCUUAAGUACGACUCCAUCGCCGCCCUCCUGCUAUACGACGAGCCAACAUCGGACGGGAAGACCCGAGAUCUGGCGAGCGUCAAUCCGGACAUACCAUCUUCGGGGCAGGGCGUCUUCUGGAGGUUCUUUGACUGGAUAGACAAGGGCGCAUUCGAAGUCAGCGCGGAUGCGUUCAACACCUUCAGAGACAUCCUCACAAAGCAUAAAGCGCUUGUUGCCGCCUAUCUGCAAACGAACUUCGACAUGUUCUUCUCCAAAUACAACAAUGUCCUGAUACAGUCGGAAAGCUACGUUACGAAGCGGCAGUCAAUUAAGCUCCUGGGCGAAAUAUUACUCGACCGAGCGAACUACAGCGUCAUGACGCAAUAUGUGGACUCUGGGGAGCACCUCAAGAUCAUCAUGAAGCUGCUGCGGGACGACAGACGGAUGAUCAACUACGAGGGUUUCCAUGUGUUCAAAGUAUUCGUCGCCAACCCCAACAAAUCAAUAGCCGUUCAAAGAAUCCUGAUCAGCAAUCGCGAGAAACUGCUUCGCUUCCUCCCGGGUUUUCUGGACGAUCGCACCGAAGACGAGCAAUUCAUAGAUGAGAAGAGUUUCCUCAUUCGGCAGAUCGAACAGCUGCCUCCUGCACCUGUUCCGCCGCAAGCAGCGUCCUAGUCUCCACCAUUUUCUUCAUUGUUGAUAUCCUUGUUGCUUUGGCUCUGCAUGGGACGGAGUUUGAUUUGGCCUUGGAUUUGAUUACCCAGGGGCAUCUCCACAGCGCUGCUGGCGUUCUGUUGCAUAACUAGAUAUCUUGACGAGAGCCAAAGUAUCACACGCGUCCGUUCGCAUCGGCGAAGAGGGAAUAGAUGGUAGAUAAUUGGCCAAGCUCGGAAAACCGAGUAGAUGGUGUGCCCCUGCACGUGAUCGGAUGGCGAGUGAGUGAAUCAAGUACGUCAGGCGCAAAGAGCCACGGC